UUCCUGCUGCACACAUCUGGCUUUUGUUCUUUUUUCGGGCAGGAUUUUUAUUCUGGUGCUUUUUUGGAUAUCAAAGUUGUCUGGAAAACGUGGUGUGGUUUUGUUUUUUAUUAUUAUUAUUAUUAUUAUUAUUAUUAUUACUAUAACAGGAAGACUGAUACCAUUCUUAGCCGUUGCAAAAAAAGUAAUCCUAUAUGUUUAAAGCUCUCUUCAAAUAUCUUCUGUUUGCUCUAAGUUCCUGCGUUGCCUUUGUAAGCAAAUCUGUUCCGAGAAGACUUUCUCAGCCGGUGGCAGCUCUGGGAUUUUGUUUUUCCAGCGAAGAGGCUCGGGCAGGCGGGUGUGCUGGGACACGGGAUCUCCUCUGAGCACGUAUGUGAGAGGUCUGGAGCGCGCCCGGCCGUUGGUCAGCCCGGGGUUCAUGGUGGGCUCUGCUUCUCCCCUCCCGGCUUUUUGGACAAAAUGUACGAACGCCACAAGAGGCGAUACAGCCUGUGCGACAUCUCCAAGGUGGACAGGACUGUAGAUGUUGUGUUGUUAAAGAUAAACCGCGAAAGCUGGUGUUCACUGAAGCCGUGUCCUGAUUCUUCCCUGCUGGAGCGCAAGCGGACGCGGGAGUCUCCAGAAUGCGAGAACUUCUUGGAGGAUGGGCUGAACAGCGUCUGUGCCUCCUCACAGGGUGGCCUUAAAAGAGAGUCUGGAAGCGAGUCUGACCUCUUCCCCUUGGCUGCUGAUGGGAUGGAAGACCUCGUCUUUGGAAAGCAGCCGGAAGAGGAGCAGGCUGCAUGCGAUGUCGCCAGCUCCAGUUCCUCUGCGGAUGACACCAUGUCCCUGGAGAGGAACUCAUCCCUGGGCAGCGACACGUCCCUUCCCUUCCCACCGAUGGUGAACUUCGUCCAGCCCAAGGACAGGCACAGCCUGGAUGGCAGCUGCACCAACAUGGUGGCCACGGAGGGAGGAGAGAAGGAGGAAGAGCUGGACAGUAUCACGGAUGUGCCCACUCAUUCCUCCGUCUUACGAAACUCCAUGCGGCCACUGUCACCUUUCCGUCGACACAGUUGGGGGCCGGGGAAGAACGCCACCAACGAAGCAGAAAUAAAUCAGAGGAGUUACAGCCUAGAAGGCCUUGCGGGAGACUCUGGCGAGAACAAGAAGCCUUCUACAAAUUUGGAGGCUUCUUCUCUGAGCUCCAAAGACCUCAGACGGAGUCCACUUGCCAGCAAUCAGUGCGGGUCCCUCGUCUUGCUCUCUGAAGAACUUGAGCAAGGGGAAAUCAGAGACUACGAUCACCAGAUGCAUCAGACAUCGCAGCCGCAAGGAUUUAAUUUCUGUUCUUCUGCUGGUUCAUCUCCACUGACUAUGUCUCUAAUCUCAAUUAGUAAACCAUUGCUGGACACCCAGGGCCGGACUCGACCAUCGAGACGAAUCUCCUUCUCCUUCAGCAUCUCUCCACUCAUUCCUAAGUCUAAAACUCUCUUUUCUAUUGGCUCUUCUUCCAGUGAUGAGGAGGAGGAGGAGUUGGAUAGUGCGCAGGCGUUCGGCGGCCCCACAGGCUCCUCCGUUCAGAGGAUAUCUGAAGAGAGCAUCAGUGUCCUCCCUGGUAAAAGUGCAACAAAAGUCAGUCGCACCUUCAGCUACCUCAGGAAUAAAAUGUCCAGCAGCAAGAAGAGCAAAGAAAAAGAGAAAGAUAAAGAGAAGGCUAAAGAGAAGGAAAAAGAUUCCAAGGAGAAGGAAAAAGAUAAGAAGCUGUUAAACGGACAUCUCUUCACUGCAACCUCCGUUGUAGCCCAAGCAACUUGUUACCACUGUAUGAAACCUUUCAAUAAGGAUUCGUACUACUGUGCAAACUGCAAUGCAAUUGUUCACAAAGGCUGUAAGGAGAGUUUUGCUUCUUGUGCAAAGGUCAAAAUGAAGCCACAGAGAGGGAUGCUGCAGGCACAUGAUACCUCUUCAUUACCCACCGUAACCAUGAGAAGCAAAAGCUCACAACCGAAGGAGCGCCCUCGCUCUGCAAUUCUUGCUCCUGAUGAAAACACCGUGACCUCAAUAUUCAAUAACAGGAGAUCACAACGGCCUACAGCACUUUCGAAAAGCGUCUCCAUACAGAACAUUGCAGGAGUUGGGAACGAUGACAACUUAAUACACACUUGGAAGUUCCUGUCGCAGUCAACAGACUCCUUACAUAAAAUCAGCCGGGUGAAUGAAUCCAUGGAGUCACUGGUUGACGAAGGUGCGGAUAUGAACGAAGGACAGCUGAUGGGAGACCUGGAAUUAGAUUCCAAGCAGCUAGAGGCAGAGUCCUGGAGCCAAGCAGUGGACAGCAAAUUCCUACAGGAGCAAAACAAAGAUGUUGUCAAACGGCAAAAUGUCAUUUAUGAGCUAAUGCAGACGGAAAUGCAUCAUGUCCGCACCCUGAAGAUCAUGAAUGAUGUAUACAGUGCGGGCAUGUUAAAGGAACUGCAGUAUGAUCAACAAGUUGUGGACAAGAUCUUUCCCUGCCUGGAAAACUUGCUGCACAUCCACAGUCAGUUCUUCCAGCGGAUUCUGGAAAGGAAGAAGGAGUCUUUGGCAGACAAAAGUGAAAAGAACUUUGUUAUCAAGAGGAUAGGUGACAUCCUAGUGAAUCAAUUCUCCGGUGAGAACGCUGAACGAAUGAAGAAAACAUACGGCAAAUUCUGUGGACAUCACAACGAGGCAGUAAAUAACUUCAAAGAUCUGUACUCAAAGGACAAGCGGUUUCAGGCAUUUGUCGAGAAAAAAAUGAGCAGCUCCCUGGUGAGGCGUCUUGGGAUUUCUGAAUGUAUCUUGUUGGUAACGCAGAGAAUCACAAAGUACCCGAUCCUCUUACAGAUGAUACUGCAGUACACCAAAGAAAAUGAAGCGGAACAUGAAGACUUGACUCAGUCAUUAAACCUCGUUAAAGAUGUGAUUGCUGCAGUCAAUAGCAAAGUCUGCAAUUAUGAAAAGAAAAUGCGUCUUAGUGAGAUUUACAACCGGACAGAUAGCAAGUCCAUCAUGAGAAUGAAGAGUGGCCAGAUGUUUGCAAGAGAGGACUUAAGGCAUCGGAAGCUCAUCCGGGAUGGGCCUGUUUCACUAAGAAGUGCAGCUGGCCGGUUAAAAGAAGUCCAGGCUGUGCUCCUUUCUGACAUGCUCGUUUUCCUUCAGGAGAAGGACCAGAAAUAUGUCUUUGCCUCACUGGACCAGAAAUCCACUGUGAUCUCGCUGAAGAAGCUGAUGGUACGAGAAGUGGCUCAUGAAGAGAAGGGUUUGUUCCUGAUCAGUAUGGGUGUAAAAGAUCCCGAAAUGGUGGAAGUCCAUGCCAGCUCCAAAGAAGAGCGUAACGGCUGGAUACAGAUCAUUCAGGACACAAUUAACACCAUGGACAGAGAUGAAGACGAAGGAGUCCCUUGUGAGUCUGAAUUUGAAAAGAAAGUGUUGGAUGCGAAAGUGAGAGGACUGAAAGAACAACUUCAGCAGAAGGAUAAGCAGAUCCUCCUCUUGCUGGAGGAGAAGGCUAAGAUCUUCCAGGACAUGGCAGACAGUUCUGUGCAGGAGGACGUGCCAGGCUCCAGGCUGCUCUUCAGAGCCAACACGGAAGAGGCACCAAAAGGAGAGGCCAUUAUGAAAACUGCAAUAAAUGAAGUUGAGCUGCUGCAAGAUCUGGUGAACAGGAGCCUGGGCACUGCCCUCGGGCAGCAGGUCAGCAGCGCUGCCAUGGAACAGGAAGGGGGAGUUGGACCCAUCUCUCUCCCUAGAAGGGCAGAAACUUUUGGAGGAUUUGACAGUCAUCAGAUGAACGCCUCCAAGUGUGGAGCGAAAGAUGAAGGUGAUGAUGCUCAGGACCUUCGGAGAACAGAGUCGGACAGCAUUUUAAAGAAGGGUGGAAAUGCUAAUCUGAUGUUCAUGUUGAAAAGGAAUAACGAGCAGGUCCUCCAAUCCAUUACCAGCCUCCAUAAGCUGCUCAGUGCUUUGCAGGGCGUCGUGCUGCAGCAGGACACCUACAUCGAGGACCAGAAGCUGGCUCUGAGCGAGAGGGCUCUGACCCGAGGCUUUUUCCGGCCACCCUCGCUGCUGGAGCAGGAGAAGCAGCGCAACCUGGAGAAGCAGCGCCAGGAGUUGGCCAACCUGAAGAAGCAACAGACACAGCACCAGGAGGAGAGGCGGAGGAGAGAGAAGGAGUGGGAAGUCCGAGAGAAGGAGCUGGCGGAGCAGGAGGCCCACCUGGCCCAGCGAGAGGAGCAGGUCCAGAGAGGGUGGCAGGAUCUCGAGCGGGAACGAGAGGAGCUGCAAGUGAAGAAGGCCUCCUACCAGCUCGACCUGGAGAGGCUUCGCACGGCACAGAAGCAGCUGGAGAGGGAGAAGGCACAGUUCAAGCAAGAUGUGGAGCAAUUAGCUCAAAUGCAGCAGGAGCCUGACCACAACCAGGUUUCAAGUCUACAUGAAAAACUUGCAAGAGUCCCCUCCCAGUCCAGCAUCGAUGACUCCAAGCAGAAGAGCCCUUCCAUUCCCAAACAAGGGCACUUUGACGCAGAACUGUCUGUCUCCCCCAAAAGGAACAGUCUUUCAAGGACACACAAAGAGAAAAGCACUUUCCAUUUGCUUAGCACAAUAAACCAGACUAACAAGGCAGCUGGGGACCAGCCCCAGAUGCCUACCCGUCUCUUCAGUUUAGCCAAACCAAAGGAGAAGAAGGAAAAGAAGAAAAAGGGCAGGGGGCAUCGCUCCCAACAGUCUGAUUCUCACUCAUCAGAAGCACCUCCAGAGGGCGAGGAGAUCUUCUGCUGAGCACACGGACACUUCCAUUGGUCAACUCUCGGCAUUGGUACCGUCAACAUCUCCUUGCCCGCUCCACAGCACACUGCUGGUGCCUGCGUCUGACAAGCAUCUGGAGGUUUCAAAUAAAACAUAUUAUGAAGUCUGCUAAGUGGUGGGAAAGGGCCUCUUUCCUGUGGUUUUGCGUGAGUUCUCACCACAGAGGCUGACUGCCCGGCAGAUAGUGCUGUCUCUCUGUGCAAACCUUGGGUUACGUGGAUUGGGAUAGAUGUUUUCUGUCUCUUCUUAACUGCUAAAGGAUGAGAGAACAUAGCCUUAAGGGGUCUGUGCCUUCAAAUUCCCCCUUUUCUGGGGAACAGAACCAAAAGCAAGCAUUUAGCAAAAGAUUAGGACUCUACAAAUGGUGCGUACACACUGGCAUAUAGAGAUAUACUGUACAUAUACAUAUAUGUAUCUAUGUAUUCACUGGGAUAUGCUUGCAGUCUGUACAGCCAAGCUAAGCUCGGCCCAUGGGGAUAGGAGAUACCUGAUGACUUUCAGGGAGCUUGUAGGUAUUAAGUAUCUUGCCCUUAGUGCUCCAAUUGUAACACCGUCGACUCGCGCGCCCCUUUUGUGCUCGUGGUAUAUGGACUGUUUGGUUUCAGAAAGGUACCUUAACGCCAGGAAGCAGUCACAGCAUUCAAAACAAAAAUUCAGAGGGGAAAAAAAAAAGUAGAAUUUAAAAUGAUUCUGAAAGAUUUCCAUGGGGUAGAGGAUUUAAAUGUCAGACUGUUUCCGGAAUCCAGCAGAAUGUCUUUGGAUGUAUUUAAAAGGAUGCAGAAAAGAGAAGUUUGAUGGGCUUGUAAGGCAACCCCAGGGAGCCAGAGGAAACGGUGUUCAAGUGGGAACAACUCUUAGCAAUGUUUUUUUACACAAUCUCUUUGAGCUCCAGCUCCUCCUUCCCACCCCCUAAGUAUUUUUUUUUUUUUUUGCCAGAAUAUAGUUCUCCAGUUGCAUUUGACAUCCCUUCUUUACAACCCUGAUGGCUGAACGUAUGCUUUUAGGGACCUUUGCUCUGUUACUUGUAUUUUUCUUCCCCUUCUUUUCGUGUUAAAGUUGGGCUUCUGUUCCUCUGGAUCCUGUCAGCUUCCCUUGUUCCUUCCUGAGGCAGAAUGAGACAGAAUCAGAGCACUUCAGUGAGAUGUUGCAGGUCAGGGGACAGUGCUGGGAGCAGAGUGAGCUCCAAAGAGACGGCUUCUCUUCCUAUUCCUGUAUGAUACCUUGCACUUACUGACUGUUUCUGGGGAGAUAAUACAUUCUCAUGGUCAAAGCUGCUGUGGGACAGGUCCAAAGGUCCAGCGUGGCAGGUCCAUUUCCAUCGCUGUGGGCUCUAGGCUGAAAGUGUCUGUGUGUCCCUGUGUUGCCAUCAGCAGCAGGGAAAUGUCUGAGAGCAGCUCUCGCUGUGCUGACUCUGAGGGAUGUGUUCCGCGGGGGAAAAGAAAUGCAGGAAGCCAAACAUUUUUCCAAAAUUAUUGUUCUUCCAGACCCUCUCAGGGGAAUUGCCCAAGUGGAUUUGUCAAUGGUUAUAAGACGCUAUCAACCUCAAACAACUCAAGGGUUUGCUCAGAGUUUGAAGCUGUCAAGUGCAUUUCCUUUCCUACCAGUUUUUCUUUAAAAAAAAAAGAAGAAAAAAUAGAUAUAUAUUUCUCUUCUUGCACUAUUGUUUGAUUUCAGUUUGCUCUCUGGCUUCUCACAAGCUCACAACCCGCAGCAGUUUCCCCGAGUUCAGUGCUGAUGGGUAUCAGUGUUGAUGGUGAGGUGGAUGCUUAAACUGCCUGCUUGCUUUGGAAGCUCUCUAAGCUAUUAAGACUCAAAAAAAAAAAAAAAAAAAAAAGGAAGAAAGGAAAAAGUUUU